AUGGUGGUAAGUGAUUACGGGGCACAUGCAGAUACUAUUCUCAUCUUUCAACAGAAAAUUUCCGUCCUUCAACAUGCACCAUCGGAGCACCUACCUUCUCGACCUGGAGACCCUACACCAGUAUCUCGAAAUUUGAAUCCCAUCAUGCACCCAUUUGCUCGGUCGCGAGAGAGAAUACGAGCACUAAAUGCUGCAAAGAUGGAACGAAUGUUCGCGAAGCCGUUCGUGGAUAGUCUGGAAGGACAUGUAGAUGCCAUCGAAACCUUGGUGAAGAAGCCAGGCGACCUUUCCACAGUGGCGAGCGGUAGUUGGGACGGCGGCCUUAUCGUGCAUAAUAUAUCGCAGCGAAGUCAACUACUAAAUAUUCCUCAGGCCCAUAAGGGCAAGGUGUCAGGGCUAUGUUUUGCUUCAGACAGGCUUCUAAGCUGUGGCGUAGACCGUACGGUCAAGUUGUGGUCGACAGACAAGUCUGAGGGUCAAAAACCUUUGUCUGUCUUUGCCGGAAAAUCUGCUUUCAAUUCAAUAGAUCACCACCGUUCAGACGGUCUCUUUGCGACAGCAUCGAAUCUUGUACAAAUAUGGGAUGAGACCAAGAGCUCUCCAAUAUCCGACCUCACAUUUCCCACCUCUACCGAAACAAUAACAGCCGUUCGAUUCAACUUGAGCGAAUCAUCAGUCCUAGCUAGCAUAGGCUCGGAUCGUACGUUCACACUCUAUGAUAUACGAACAGGAAAAGCCGAGAGGCGAGUCAUAAUGCAGAUGCGUUCAAAUUCCCUUGCAUGGUCUCCCACCUUCCCCACCAUCCUUCUCCUCGCCUCCGAAGAUCACAAUCUCUACACAUUUGAUAUACGGCAUGUUUCCACGCCAACGCAGAUAUACAAGUCGCAUGUCUCUGCCGUCAUGUCUUGCGAUUGGUCGCCCACAGGAACCGAGCUUGUGAGUGGCGGAUGGGACAGAACCGUGAGGAUAUGGCACGAAGGGAGAGGAACGGCGCCUGAGGUAUAUCACACGAAACGGAUGCAGAGAGUAUCAUCGGUGCUCUUCACGAAUGACGCUCGGUUCGUACUUUCUGGUUCUGACGAUGGUAAUGUACGGAUAUGGAAAGCCAAAGCAUCCGAGAAGCUUGGUGUUAUCACUGCCCGUGAACGUGCCGCCAUCGAAUACCGAGAGAGUUUGAAACAGCGAUGGCAAAUGGACAAGCAAGUCAACAAAAUCAUGCGGACUCGUCAACUGCCCAAGCCUGUUUACUCUGCGGCCAAACUGAAGAGGACGAUGGUCGAAGCUGAACGCGUGAAAGACGAAAGGAGAAGGAAACAUUCAAGAGCAGGAGAAACAAAACCCAAGGCGGCAAGGAAGAAAGUGGUCGUCGUCGAACAGACAUGA